AUGCCCAACCCCCAGCUGUCUGCCGUGCCCGUUGGAACGAGUGUGAAGCGCAAGGCUGCUCCCCGAGAUGACGAGGGCGACGAGAGCGACGGUUCCGACGUCAGCAUGAUCAACGUCGACUUUGACUUUUACAAUCUCAACCCGGACGUUGACCAGAUCGCCAUCAAGCGCCUUCUCCGUCAAACGCUGAGCCACGAUGACCACCUCAUCGACGUCCACCAGCUUGCGGACCUGAUUCUGGCUGAGGGAACCCGACUGAAGGCCGGCUCGACGAUCAAGACGGAUGGCGAGGAGAGCGACCCGUGGGGAAUGCUGGCGGCCGUUGACAUCAGGAAAUGUCAGGACAACCCGGCCCUCAAGCCGCUGAUCGACUACUACCUUUCUACCGCCCCGCCGGCGGCGAUCAAGUCGGCGCUGACUGACGGCUCGUCAAAGCCCGCCCUCCUCUUCUCCAUGCGCAUGCUCAAUCUCCCGCUGCCGCUGAUCCCGCCUCUCUACAAGAUGCUGGGCGAGGAGCUGUCCUCGGCCGGCUUCACGCACUACAUCCUCUGGGGACGGGGGUACAAGCUCGAGGGCGCCGAGGAGGCGACGGGACUCGAGUUUGACCAGUCCGCGACGAAUAAGAAGAAGAAGGGCGGCCAGGCCCCCGGCGGCCUCGCCGCUGGAAGCUUCACGUACCACCCCGAGGAGGAGAUGAUCGACUCGCGCGCAGAGGCCGUUCACACGUACCCGCUGAAGACUGCGCCGCCGCGCGACGACGAGUCGUUCGGCGUUGAGCAGUUCGGCCGCCUCCUCCUCGUCUCGAGCGACAAGCUCGCCCAGGCCGUCGGCGCCAUGGAGGAGGCGUGCAAGCCGUAA